AUGAGUCUAUUCGGAAAUCAACCGUUGUUUGGAGCUCAGGCCUCACCUCUAACUACCAACGUAGCCACAACCCAAUCUACGACCGGAAACAUUUUUGGUGGGUUCGGUUUCGGCACGCCUACGACCACUCAGAGCACUGGACUCUUUCAACCGACGGUAUCCAAUCCAGCUGGAUCCUUGUUCCCUAGUUUUACCACAAAUGUGACCCAAUCUACUUUCUCAGCUUUUCCUGCGUUCUCCACCGCGUCGCAGGCUGGCGGACUGUUUGCGCCACAGACUAAUCUGGGCUUGGGAUCUACUUUCAAACCGCUUCAGACGGGAACAAGUUCUCUUUUUCAACCACAAGGAGGUCAAUCGCUUGGACUCGGUAUCACAGGUAUGACACAGCCGGCACAAGUACAACCAACCAGUCAACAGAACAGUGUAGAUGCGUUCUUCGCCUCAUUGUGCCAACCACUGUUGUUUAAUGACGAACGGGACAAAAUUCUAGCCCGAUGGAAUCAGCUACAAGCCAUGUGGGGUACCGGUGUCGGUUACUGUUCGCUCGGUGUCGCUUCCUACACACCGGAAAACACGUUUGCUCGAUUCAAAGCGAUCGCUUACAACGCGUUGCCAACAAGCACCGACGAAGAUGGCCUCGUAUGCCUUUAUCUGUCACGUCCGUUCUCCGAGGUGUUGCCUCAACGUCAAGGUGUUCAGGACACACUGUUUCGUUUGUUAGGAGGCCGUCCAAACUUGCAACUAGUGGUUGAAGAAAUCCGCCCGUGUGCUGAACAAGAAAACUGUACUGAGGUGAUUUUUAAAGUGAUGGAAAGGCAAGCAACAGCUGAUAUCGUUUAUCAGUGCAACCCAAACAUUUCCAGUCGUCUCAACUAUUAUUUUCUCAUCUCUUCCUUCAAUAAUAACUCAAUGGUUGUAGUUGGUCUUGUCCCCUAA